CUUUUGGCUUCGGCUAUCGUACGUAUCCUUCCCGUACCCUUCCUCAGGUUCCGUCAUGAACAUCUAAUUUCGUUUUUUUGGGCUGCGUGCUUUCCUACCAUUGCGGUCACGGACUUUUUGCUUUCCAUCACCCUGAACCCUAUACAGGGUCCAGUUAAGAUGCAGUUGCUUUUGAGUGAACCCAGUCUUUUACUUUGUCUCGCUUGUUUUCUUUCUUCUUUCUUUCCAUGUCGCUUUUUGUUCUUUUUUUCGAUUAAGUGCUCAUCGCCCCCCUUGCCCUGCGUUCUCUUGAUCAGUAAAUCUUGGAUUGGAGUAAUGUCGGCAUUAACGAUGUGCAUCAUGAGCACGUCAUGCCGGUGCAGUUGCAGUGCAGGAGCGUCGAGAUUUGCUUUUUCUGGACUGGCUUUUUCUUCCGCGGGGUUCGCUUUCGUGACGGUGGUCUAUUUGCCGGCAACAGGUUUUACACCUGCAGUACCCUUGUGCAUGCCGUUUGAUGAGCAAGAUGCUGAUUUGAUGAUGGAUUUUCUUCCAGUGGAGCAACUACGACUUGGCUGA